AUGAAAAUAGGCGGGAAAAAAUUGACUUGUGUAAAAUUAAUUUUGCCUCUCUCUCUCUCUCUCUCUCUCUCUCUAUUUUUUCGUCAUUUUCCUGUCUUCUCUUCUUUUCUCUUUUGUUUUUCACACUUUCUUCCACCCUUUCUUGUCUGUUCUUCUCUUUCAUUUUAUCUUUCUCACUCUCUUCAUCUUUUUCCUGUCAACUCUUACUUUUUCUAUCGUUAUUACUUCCUUUUCUUUCCUUUCACCUCUUUUUAUAUUGGUCUUUCUUUUCUUUCACUCUUUCUUGUCUUCUUUUCUUCAUUCCUUUUGUCUUUUUUGUUGACUUCUGAUCAUUCUUGCUCUCUCUUCUUUUUUUCCUUUUGUCUUUUAUUGCCGUUUUCCGCUCUUUCUUGCUUUCUUUUUAAUCAUUUGUCUUUCUCUCUUUUCUCCUAUUUUCUUGUAUUUUCUUCUUUUUUCACUUUUAUCUUUUCUUUGUCACUCUUUCGUUCUCUCUUAUCUUUUCUUCUUUUCCCUUUCUCACUGUUUUUUCUCUUUUCUUGUCAUUUCUUUUUUUUUUCACUCCGUCUAUUUUCUGCCAUAUUUUCUUUCACUUUUGUCUUAUUUAUUCCCUUUUGUAUUUAUUCGUUUCGCCUGUUUAUUUUCAUCUCAUUAAUUUAUUUUUUUUUCAUUCUUCUUCUACAACUCUUUGAUUUUCUUCUAAUCAUUUUUCUUUUUCUUUGUCUCUUCGCCUCUCUUAUUAUUUAUUCUUUCACACUCCUUUUCUUUUCUGUCUUUUCUUUCUCAUUUGCUUCACAGCAUCAUCUGCUUCUCUUUCUUUUCUUGAUAUUGAUUCUCUUUCCUGUUGACAUUGGCCUUCUUCUUCAUAUGUUUGCAUAUUCUCAGCUGCUACAUUUAAUUUAUUCGUUUCUUUCCUUGUUUAUUUUUCACUUCAUUUACUUCUGUUCAUUCUUCUUCUUCUUCUUCUUCUUCUUCUUCUUCUUCUUCUUCUUCUUUCUUUUCAAUAUCUUUUUUUUUCAGUUCAAAUUUACAAGAUUUCUUAUUUAUUUAGUCACGUUUAUUUUUUCUUUCCUCAAUGUUGAUUUUUUUUCUUUCUUUCAUGUACACCGUUAUAACUUUUCUGGAUAUAUGUUUUACUUUCUUUCUUUUUCUACAUUAUUUUCCUUUUUCGUUUACUCUUCUUUUUCCUUCUUUCAUUCCUUCGUUUUCUUUUUCAUUUUUCCUUUUAUUUCUAUAUUAUUUUCCAUUUCAUUUUUAUUUUUUUUCCUUUUCUUUUUCCUUCUUUCUUUUCCUACCUUAUAUCAUUCUUCCUUUAUAUCUUCUUUUCCUGCUUCCUAUUCUCCACAACUUCCUUUUUCCCUUUACUUUAAUCUCCCACUCGAUAUUUUUCCCUAA